AUGAGCAUCGUAGCGCUCGCCGCGAAACGGUGCCAGCCGACGAGCCCGAACUCCAUCGUCGCCUGGAGCCCCGAGGAGGAGAUCGCCGCGGCCACCGCUUUACGGAAAGAGCUGAGCCUCGCGCGGUCGCACCAGUGCCGCCGGCUCUUUGUGGAGCGCGAGAAGCGCGUGUCCCAGGAGCGCCAGGCGCGCUUGGCCCUCGAGGAGGCUUUGGCACGCCACGAGGCGACGACGGCCGAACGGGAUGAAGCAAGGAAGAAGGCCGCCGACGCGGCGACGCUCGCGGCCCGUAGAAGGCUGAGCGCGGGCUCGGCCCAUCGCGACGCGGACGUCGCGUCGGGCGAUACCCGAGAGGCCUUCCAGCAGGAGCGUUUACGAGCACGACAGCGCCGCGACGACGCUCUACAAAGGAGCCGCGCCGCGGCCGAUGUGCAACGAGAGCUGAAUCUCGAGAGGGACGCCCGAAAAAUACAAGCGGAGCAGCGCUGGGAGUCGAGGAACGACGCGGCCGCUGUCCAGCGCGCGCGCGCUGUGAAACAUGCUGCCAAAAUGGCCGAGAUGGAGCCCGACGACGACGCGCCGCUCACGGAAGAGCGCGACUUUUCGAGGGACGAGACCUUCGACGCCGGCGGUCCUUGUGUCCAAACAAGAGGAGAAGGCAUCACGGAGGUGGGCGCCUGGCGAACGACCGUGCCGGCGACGCGCCACGCGGCCGCGCUCACGCAUGCGGCGGCGGCCGCGACGGACGCGGCCGCGCGGAUUCGCCGGACCGCGCAGCAGUCGCCCGCGGGCCUAGCUGCCGCCGACGCUGCCGAGAAGGCGGCUGCGAGAAGACGGCGCCAGGCCGAGGACGCGCAACGCGCUCUCCAAAUGUCCCAGAAGCGCGGUUUGAGAGCAACCCGAAAAGACAUGAGUCGGCGCAUGGCCGACCGGACGCAGCUCGAACUCGACCGCCACCGGCUGAAGGCGCGCGCGGACGCAAAGCGAAAGGCGCCGGGCGUCGUGCUCCAGUCUUUGAGGGAUGAGCGCGCCGCGCGGCGCGCGCAGCGCCGCGGCGACUUCGGCGAAGCCACGCAGGCCGCCGAGGACGUCGUCGAGGCCGCGGCCGAGGCGGCCUACCGAGCCGCAGCCCCCACGGGCUUCGCGGACAUCAUCCGACGAAAUCAAAGGCCCUCGGACACGGGCGCGUCGCCGUCGCCGCCGCGGAUCCUCUCGACCAAGCCUGUUGAGCUGGCCGCCAAGCCCGAGGCGUCGGCGUCGCUGCAGGCGACGCACUGGUCCGACCGGCGCGACGCUCCACUAACGCAGAUGGAGGCGCCAUCAGAGGUCGUGCCGCGGCCGCGGCCGCCGCCUCCCACGCCGUCCCCGGAGAAGGAGGCGGUCCUCGCGGACGAGGACGAGGACGUAUUAGAUGAGGCCUUCCUCAAGGAGCUGGCGGAGGAGGGCGACCGCCUCGACGCCGAGGCCUCGCCGCUGCCAUCCGUCCCAGCCGCCGAGCCACCGGCGGACGCGGCGGAGGAUCCGUCGCCGCCGCUCGCCGACAUGGCAACCGAGCCGCCGUCCGAGGCGCCGGCCCCCGACGUUGCGCCGCCCGCGGAGCCACCGGCGGCCGCGGAGGCCGCGGACGCGCCGCCGCCGCUCCUCGACGCUGUGGCCGCGGCGCCGGCCCUCGACGCCGUUCUCCCGGAGCCGCCGUCUCCCACGGAGGCGCCGCCGCCGCUCGCUACGGUCCCGGCCGAGCCGCCCGCGGUGCCGGAGCCGCCGUCGAUGGACACGCGGGAGACGAUGGCCUUCGUCGAGGCCACGCUCGCGGCCGACGACGCCGCGGCGGCCGCGGCGCCGCCGGCGCCGCCGUCCCCGGACGAGGACGACACGCUGUCGUCGCGGACGCGCCGCUUCCACACGACGCACCACGACGGCGACCUCGUCUUCAAGGCCCCGGCCGCGGACCCGCCGGCGGAACCCCCGGUGGCCUUCGAGCGGCUCACGGAGCCGGUCGCGCUCGAGGACGAGGACGCGCCGCCCGGGCCGUCGCCCUUCGAGGCGGCCAUCGCGCGGCGCCGCGCCGCCGUCGACGGAACAACCGACGACGCCUUCGCGGCGCACGUGCUCCCCGGCGACGGCAUCGAUUUUACGGAACCGAUCACGCCCGUGCCGACGACGGCGGCCCCGACCUGGGAGGAGCCGCCCACCCCCACGCUCGACGCGCCGGCCUUCGCGAGCGCCACGCCCCACCAGGAGACGUUCGUGGACGCGCUGCCGCGGCGCGAUCUCGAUGCCGCUUUGGACGAAGCCCCGGGCCAAGGCACCUGGUACGACGAGACGUAUUCCGACUUGUCGCCGCUGCAGGAUGAUAGGGAUGCGAUCAACGCGGCCGCCGAUAGGGCCGUCGCCGCGGCCGAGGCCGAGCUAAGGACGCGGGACGAGAUCCUCGAGAGCUACGUGCAAGCGGCUUUGGACGAAGGCGCGCCGGAGGCCAAGGAGGACCCGUUAUCUUCUCCAUCUACUGAGCCGGGGCCGACGACGGAGCUGCCGCGCGACGACGCUAUUCUAGGCUUACUGGAGGGUCUCCGCUCGGGCGACGCGGACGCGCUGGCGGCCUGGGCACGGCGCACGCUCGCCGAGACGGGCUCGGACGAGGAGGAGGAGGCCAGCUCGCCCGAGACGACGUCCGAGUCGGCCCUCGACGCCGCGGAGCGUUUAUUGCGGUCGCUCUCGCCGGACCGGCCGCGCGUGCCGUCGGACUCGUCUCCUGAUAUUUCCCCGACGGAGCGGCUCGCCACGUCGUCGUCGUCGUCGGAGGACGGCCUGGAUGAUGUAUUAAGGCGCCUCGAGGAGCUCACGGCGGCGAUGCGCGAGCGGUCCGCGCGCUACGAGGCGGCGGACGCGUCGGACAACGCGCUGCGGGACCUCCUGCGCGACGAGUGAGAUUCUUCCUUUCCCCUUUUUGCUCCUCGUGUAACGUAACGGAGGCC